GGAGAGGAGUUUCUCUAAAAUGAAGCAGAAAGGCUUCAUUUUAAUUUUUUUGCUUGUUUGGAACUUAUCUGCUUUCUCAGGAAACAUGACUGUUCCUAUAAAUCAACAAAGUGAUAAAUUAUCAGCCACAAAACAUCUUUAUUUCUUGGUGGGAUGUCGAGCUGUGAUACCGUGUCAGCAUUACAGCCGCAAUUCAGACUCUUUCAAAUGGUUUUACAAGAAGGAUGAACGUAGUAACCAAAACCAGUUAUUCUUCCAAGAUAAGAAUGGAAUACAAUACCGUCAUAGCUCUCAUACUAAAUGGAACAUUGGGUCCAAUCAUUCCUUGGUCUUCAGUCAUUUUACUGAGGAUGACGAAGGCAUGUACUGGUGUGAAACUUGUCAAGGAUUGUGCCAGCAGUCCGCGGUCAUCACUGUGAAGAAAGAAUUAUGGAAAGAAAUCAAUGAGACGCUUUACAUUACUGCUGGGAAUAGUUUUGAGUACGCGUGUUCAGGUGAACAUGGUAAAAUAAAAUGGACUUUUGAAGCAACAGCCGCUCUCACGAAAUCAGGACACAGAGCAAAAAGAGACAUUGUGACUUUCAACAAGUCUAUACAUAUUGGAAAUGUCAGAAGAGAAGAUGCUGGGAGAUAUACCUGCUGGAUUAGAAGCUGUGAUGAACACAUUGUGAAGCUAACUAUUAAUUUGUGUGUAGUUACAGCAUAUGGCAAUAAGGAUUCUGUUUCCUGUGCUGGGAUCUGUCACACGAAAUCCAGUAAUCCAAACAGUAACUCUGCACAUGUAGAUUCAUACAAGUCCCUAAACUGCAGUAAACUUUCAGUGUUUGACGGAUACGGUACAGUUACUACCAGUCAUGUAUCAUCAGAUGCAUUUAACAAAACAUCAGGUAUACAAAAAGACUCUGAAGACUGGGUGGCACUUAUUUGUGCUAUAUCAAUAUCAUGUGUCAUUUUAAUGGCACUUUUAAUUUUUUACUUCAGCUCAAGAUUAUGUUCAGAUGCUUCUGCUCUUGUCUCACCAAAGCAUUUCCUGUUCAAAUCUGUCGCUGUGGCUUGA